UUCAGAUUUUGCAUUUUGAAUCGAAAACUCCGCUCUCGCCCUUCUUUUGUAUCAUUUGUUUUCUUCUCUAAAUUCAAAAGAGCCGUUAGAGAGAGAAAGAGAGAGAGAGAAGGGGGAGAGAGAGAAAUAGAGAGAAACCAGUUGGAUCUGAAUAAAUCGAAGAUGGCUACGAAAAUUGGGAUGAUGGAUUCAGCAUAUUUCGUUGGGAGAUCGGAGAUUCUCGCGUGGAUUAACUCCACUCUGCAACUAAAUCUCUCCAAAGUUGAAGAGGCUUGUUCGGGGGCGGUUCAUUGUCAGCUCAUGGAUUCGGUCCACCCUGGAAGUGUUCCGAUGCACAAGGUUAAUUUUGAUGCGAAGAGCGAGUACGAGAUGAUUCAGAACUACAAGGUGCUUCAGGAUGUGUUUAACAAACUCAAAAUCACUAAGCACAUUGAAGUUAGCAAACUCGUCAAGGGUAGACCACUGGAUAACUUGGAGUUCAUGCAAUGGCUGAAGAGGUACUGCGAUUCUGUCAACGGUGGCCAGCUUCAGAAUUACCACGCACUGGAGAGAAGAGAAGCCAGCAAAGGAGGGAAAGAAGCAACCAAGAGAGCUGCAGCUACGCAACAAUCAAGCAAGAGUGCUUCUUCUUCUUCGGCUGCACCUAGACCUUCAUCUUCGAAUGGAACCCGUAAACACGAACCACAAUCCUCCAACACUGGGAAUCACCACUCUUCAAAAGCCCCAUCUAAACAACAACCUAAACCAGUGCCUGCUUAUGAUGAAAAGAUCACGGAACUGAAACUCUACAUAGACAGUUUGGAGAAGGAGAGAGACUUCUAUUUCUCUAAGCUAAGAGAUGUGGAGAUCCUCUGUCAGAAUCCAGACGCUGAACACUUACCUCUUGUUGGUUCCAUAAAAAGAAUCCUAUACGCAGCAGAUGGAGAAGACGUUGGAGCAGGAGCAGCAGAGACAACAGAGACACAGACCUUAAGCCCCAUUGCAGAAGGAUCAGAAGAGAGAAGGAACAGUGUAACAGAGUCACAGAAGAGGAAACUCAUAGUGAACCUCGACGUGGAUGCUGCAGCGAUUACCACACUCUCUCCAAGACAACGCCUUUCUGAUUCUUCUGAUGUCAAAUGCAGCGGAUCAUCUCCUCUUUUGACCUGCUGAAUCAAAAGUAAAACAAAGAAGCUACUUAUAGUUACUACUACUACUACUCUCUCUCUCUCUCUCUCUCUCUCUUAUGAAACAUUCUCUCUCAGAGAAUUCGCUCUAUGUUUGAUAAUUCCCCAUCACUUCUUCUUAUAAACCUGCUUUUUACUCUCUGUUAAGAAAAUAUCAUUCAUAUGAUGUUUUGUGAAGUGUGAACCUUAAUGGUAUAAUAUGUUUUGCCUUCUACAGUUUGAAAUCUUAUUGAUUGAUUGACAGUGGAGAAUGAUUUAAGAAUAAAAUAGUGAUUUUGCAU